AUUUUUCUGCACAAAAAAGACAGAAGAUGUAAUAAACUUUGAAUAAAUUAAACUGAAAAAAUGCAAAAAAACAAAAGGAAAUCUAUGUUAAAAGAACUGUCCCACCUAUCAUUAUCAUAUUCCACACUUUAUUUGCUGACAUGGUUUUGCUCUUGCUUUCCAAGAACUAGCAGCCAAAGCCAACAUCUUCAAGAUAUUUCCAGCAAAAUAUCUCAGCUCAAGAUCUUUUACAGAACCACUCUAAAUUAUAUCCUCAUAGUAUGGAUAAUACUGGACCAAAAUGAAUAUCUACAUAUACUUUGAUUAAGAAUAGGAAUCGUUAACAUGGAAAAUGAUCAAGUUUCGGAAGAACUGGCUGACUGGGAGCAUGUUCAGUCCCCGUUUUCUACUGUUACUGCUAACCUUAUCGUUGAUCACGAAAAUCCAGUGACCAUUAAAGAUGACUUCUAUAGUGAAACAUCGGUUUUUCCACCUGGAAAUCACGAGGACUUGCCUGUUGCUACUCCACAGGAUGAUGAUCAGCGCUUGCAAGAACCAGAACCAGUCAAUUUGCACCCGCCAUUGGAUGGUUUAAGGAAGUGGAAGAGGCUGCAUUUGGGAGUUAUACAAACUGGGAUUUCUCACGUUGCUGAUAAAGUUAGAAAAUAUGUUACUUGUAAAGUUGGUGUCUGGUUGCUUGCCUGGACAGCAGGUGGAGUUGCUGCCAUGGUGCUGGUUUCCGUUUUGCAGAGACGAGUUCUGAUUUGGUGGCGGAGGCGUAUGCAGAGAGGCAGCAGCAGCAGCAAGGAGAGCCUCAUGCUUGUCCUUAGAGAAAAAGACAAGAAAAUCGACCAACUACUGCUCCAAAUUGCCCAAAUGAAUGAAAAUUUGCUAGCACGUCGGAGGGUUCCCGUUAUUCAAGUAAAAUGAGUAAUUACACAAGGUAAGUCCAUGUAUACACUGUAUCCUCUGAGAGGAGACACAUAGAAGCUACAAUAUUUAGCUUAAAUCUUUCACUUAGACGUUGUUUAUAUUACGAGAGUUCUAUACCCAGAUUACAACCUUA